UAGCAACACUAAAUUACGUAACACAGGUGCUAUGUCUUCGGGCGACGAUGUGUGACACGGUUUCGAAGGUGCUUUUACGCCUCCUCGAAAAAUCUUCUUCCGUGUACAGUUACGUCCAAGAGCUGCGGGUUUCGGGGUUCAUCCGAAAUGAUCCUCGCGUGUCAGGGUCGACGUCUCAGCAUUUAAAUCAGAAUCGACUGACGGGAACCGAUGGGAAUGUGUAGUAGACAGUAGUAAGCCAGUUCAUGGUGUAUCGGUGGGGCCAAUGUCCGGGCAGCGGCGGACUCGAGGAGGCACCCAUGACCGUUCCAACGGCGAAGAAUACCGGUUUCCCGGCUCGGUGUCCACUAUAUCAAGGAAGACCAUCGCUGGAGCACCACCUCACGGCCACCGCGGUCAGUCUGUGUCCUGUCGACGGUCCUCGCGCAUUUUUCCAAGGGAGAGAAGAGAGUUUGGGCCUGUCAUCAUGCUGUCGCGUCCCAGCCUCCUCCUCGUGCUAAUUUAUCACGUGCUGGCCAGCCUCUCCGCGCCGGCCACUUACGAUCAACGUCAGACCGGCGAACUGAACGUCCAGGUCCACUGGAAGGACCUGCAAAUCAUUGCACUGUUGGACAAGGAGUUGCUUGACGAUUACACGGAGUACGACUACUUUUACGAUUACGCCGACUUCACGGUGAAGCCGACAAGCUCGCAGCCGACCAAGCCCCCGGAGACUUCGACAGCUGCUUCGCCCUCGGAAACCACUGCGAAACCUGAGGUCAUAGAGCCGCUCGAUUCUGCUCAGAACUCGGGUCUUCCUAACGAGGCUUCAGUGUCGAACUCCACCGCUGACGAAGAUGCGAGCGAAUCUUCCACGACGAGUACCGAAGCGGCUACCGAAAAGAUGGAGAACUCUGUCGACGAGACCACGAAGCCCGGAAAUACAUCUGUGGACGAGGAACGUUCGGAAUCCUCUUCUCAAGCGAGCCCAACCAGAAUGAAGAAGCGGUGCCGAUCCGGUCUCUCGCACGAUGCGGAACGUCGUUGCAAUCAGAUGAGAAACCAGCGACUGUCUCUAAUACCAAUCGCAAUGAAGCUUGUGCCGAAACUUCUGGACAGCCUGGUGCGCAGUGGGAAGCAUGUGCCGUCAUAGGAUGCCGAUCGGACUGGAACGUGCCACGAAUAUUCGGCAGGAACCGCGCGCAAUUUCUACGGACGAGCUCAUGUUCCUCGUUCGCUCAAACCAUGCGUAUGCUCGAUGCUCCCAUAUGCUUUGCACACACGUGCAUAGUCCCGCGGUGAAACGUUAUCAUUGUAAAUAAGGCGGGCAAACGGCAUGUCUUGCAAACUUGUAGGGACGGUGCAAUAAACUUUUCUCUGACAUAUUCUAUUA